AUGACCUUGCCUAAAACAACCGCGCUUUACCAAACGGACGAAACCCUCACAGUCCAUAACACAACAGUUCUUUCUGUGCGACCGGGCUUCUUCAAAAAUGCAAACGAGUCAAACGACUAUGUCGUUGUCACUGCCGAGACGAUCUUUUAUGCCCAAGGCGGCGGACAGCCAUGCGACACGGGAACGAUGACUCUCUCGUCAAACGAGAAGGUUGCAUUCGACGUGACGACUGUUCGAAACGGCGUUAAUGGACUAGUUUUGCAUUUAGGGUCUUUCGCCUCGGCCUCCGAGUCUGAACCCGAACACUUCAAGCCCGGCGAUUCUGUGAAGCAAGCAAUAGACAGCGAGAAACGCAUCCUCAACUCCCGCAUCCACACGGGUGGACAUGUCGUUGGCCUAGCAGUGCGGUUUCUGUCUUCGUCUAUUCCCGAUAUAACGGAACUGAAGGCGCAGCAUUAUCCCGAUCUUGCUUUCGUUGACUUCCAAGGGACUAUCGAAAGUAGGCAUAAGGAUGCGAUUCAGGCUCAAGUCGAUGCCUAUAUUUCUCAAGAGCUCCCAGUGAAAAUUUACUUUUGGAAUGAGGCCGAGCUGCGUGAGAAAUGUGCCGUUGUCCCCGGAGCCGUUGCUAUUCCUGAAGGCGAGCUGGUACGAGCCGUCGACAUUGUUGGCGCUGGCGCGUAUCCUUGUGGUGGAACACACGUGUCUGACACUAGGAAGGUGGGCAAGGUGACGAUUAAAAAAAUCAGUCGGAGUAAGGGAAAUAGCAAGGUCUCAUACACUAUUAGCUAG